AUGCUUAAUCCAGACACUCAGUUGGAGCCCACUGAGAAGGUUCUGGUGAUAUACAACAAGACCAAGUUGUGUCCAUUUGGCAAGUGUAAGGUUAAAGUCGGAAAUCGAAGAAACCAGAAAAUAUACCGACUGGAGUUUGUGGUGGUGGAUAAAGAUUCCAAACGACGCGAACUUCCCGAAGACAUCCCAAAUGGCCAAUACCGAAUUAUACAUGGUACAGACUUUGUUACUGGAACAACUAUCAAGUACACAUGCAAUGAAGGUUACAACAUGAUGAGCAGAGUGGACAUCAGAACGUGCUUGAUUGAAGGUUGGGAUAACCACUUACCUCAGUGUGAAGUGGUCAGAUGUCCACCAGUAAAUACAGAAGAUAAUGUGAUUGCUAGCGGAAACACAGAAGGACGAUACCAAGACGUGAUUCACUUUGAGUGCAAGUCCGCUCGCGAUAUGCUAGACGGCCCUCAGGAAAUUCAUUGUACUGAGGAUGGCAAAUGGAAUGACAGAUUCCCUAAUUGCAUAUUCCGUUCAUUCCUCUCAGAAAUAAAAUGCCCGCCUGUGGAAAUACAGAACGGGCGCAUUGUAAACGAGCAGCCCGAAUAUAAGGAGGAUGAGCAGUUGAGAUACGAGUGUCAUAAGGGAUUCCAGGCCAAACCUGGAAGAAAGCCCCAGUGCACAAGACAUGGCUGGAGUAUAACGCCAGAAUGUGAAGAGAUUGUUUGUAGAGUAGAGUCUCGUCCAACCAAUGCUGUGAUAAAACCUGAGGGUCAAACUGUAUUCAGACCUGGACAGCGUGUGGAAAUAACAUGUAGUGAGGGGUACUGGGUGUUUUGGUCCAAACAGACUUCACACAAAGUUUGGUGUAAAAGGGAUGGCCAAUGGGAGCGCUCGCUGAUUUGUGAAGAAAUAACUUGUGAAUAUCCAAGGGAUGAUCAUCUGUAUGAUUAUUGGUCCCGCUUCCCCCGGACUGGAAGACUAGGGCGAACUAGCGAUUACAGUUGUCAAUCAGGGUAUUAUAAAGCAGCAGAGAAGGCUAAAUGCACAGAGAAUGGCUGGCAACCCAAACCUCUGUGUCUUGCAAGUGUAUGUGAAGAACCAGAUCUUCCCCAUGCCAAUAUUAUAAGAAAAAGUGUUUCAAGACCUCCACAUUACACACAUGGAGAAUGGAUUGAGUAUGAGUGUGAGACUGGAUAUGAGCCUAAAGGACGUAUUACCAUCCACUGUGUGCAAAGAGACGCAGGCUCAGCGCCUCAAUGGAGUAGGAUACGUCAGUGUGGUCUGUUGCAUCGUUAGGCCUGGCCGUCUGGGGCUACAGCCCCGAAGGUUUUAUGAAUAGCCCCGGAUCUCUCUCUCUUUUUUUUUACAACAAUAAAAAUAGUAAAAAAAAACAGCCCCGGAUCUAUUCAUUUGUCAUUCCGAUCAUACAUUAACCCUCGAAAAUAAUAUGAUAUCGUUAAUCAGAAACGCAAGUACGUUUUGGGUUCUCUGUGUGUCACUGAGCAGCAGAUCUACUUCACACUACUUGGCACGCACGCAGCUUGUGUGCGCACAAGUGAGAGAAAGAGAGAAAGAACACGCUCCGGUUACAGGGCUUGUUGGCAUUUGAUGGUAACUAAGUUUAGGCUAUGGAUAUAUGACGUUUUUUUCAAAACUAAAAGGAAUGAAGGCAACGAUAUGAGCCUAAAGGACGUAUUACCAUCUACUGUGUGCAAAGUUACGCAGGGUCAGCGCCUCAAUGGAGUGGGAUACGUCAGUGCCAUGGCAGUGGUAGGUUUCAGCAGGUCAAUCCCUGGCAGAGAUAUUCCCCAGGCUUCUUUGCUCAAUUAAUCUAGAGAUAAUUGGACAGUCAGUGCAGAAGUUAAAAAAAAAUGGAGAAAUUUUAAAACUAUUCAAUGAUUUCUUUUCAUCUAAUGCUGUGACGUCCUUGGAUUCAUGAUUGAUGGUUGAUCGAUUGAUCCAUCUUAUUUUUAUGUGUGUGUGUGUGUGAUCCGCUGUCCAACAAAACUGUCAGCAGUUUACUGAUUUUGGUUAGUGGUAAAGUGUUAUUCCUCUCAAAGCCAUUACUGUUGUUCCUCUCAAAUCCAUGGCUUCUAUUCUUUGAUGUUUUUCAUUCCCACUGCCCUACUGAAAGCCUUUUAACCCCCAUCCCACUGAGAAACUCUAGAGGGGAAUAAUUAUGUUCCUAAAAACAGUGAUCCUAAGACAAGAGCAUCUCAAAUCUCUGAAUUUCAGACAUCAU